AGUACGUGUAUAAACAAGAGAGCGUCUUGAUCUAUUCGAACUUAUCGUUAUUAAUUUUGAAUUAUUUCAGUUACUGCAUACGUACCAAAAAAUAUAUCUCGUCGCCAAAGAACAUGUUUAUGGGUCCUCUUUUAUUAUAGAUGUAGAGAUCUAGAAUCUAGAUCUUAUCUUGUCGGAAGGAUGAAUCUACACGACAUCCAUUCGUGUUCAAAGGCAGCUGCUGAAAAUGUUGAAUUGAGGAGAAAACUUGCUCUGCUCAAAAGGAAAUAUGAUGAACUUCAGCACCAGAUCAAGGCCUUGGUCCAGGAGAAAACAUCUGAGAGUGCAAAGUCAUGUCAGAGAACCUUCCAGAAUUCCUGUGUGCAGACGGACUCCAAACCAUGGAUGUUCAGACAUGGUCAGGGGUUGACUGUUCAGCAAGAAAGAAAAGUUUCAGACUCAGACAUUGCCAAAACAAACAAAGUGCUGGAGAUGCACGCACAGUUGCUGAAGCGAUAUGACAAAGAAGUGAAACUGAACAUGACAUAUGCUGAUUCAAUAUCGGAACUUAAUAUAAGGCUGGCUGAGACGGAAAAGAGUCUGCGAGAAGAGAAAGAGAAAUCAACACAGUUAGAGAGGGAGUUAUUUGCUGCCAAGCGAAGUCUCGGAGAGAAGCUGAAGGGCAAAGGCAGAGUUGAGGAUCCCGUCUUGAGAGAUGUUGUGGAGGAAAGAAAUAAACUUUUGAAAGAGAACAAGCGACUGAGGGGAGAACUAAAAGGAUUUGAUCACAAUUUCUUUGAUGAGAUUGAGGACCUAAAGUUUGCGCUGCUCCAGUCUGCAAAGUUGAACAGUUCUUAUGAAAAGUCUCUGCGGGAUCUGUGCUCAAAAUUUGGUGUUCCUUGUCCAGUGAAGGAGACAAGGCAGAAGAAAAGAUGAUGAGGAUAAAGAAUAACCAAUGUUGUUAUUUAUUGAUUUAGAAGCUUUUCAACUUGUCCUGUGGAAUUUGAUCUUCUGUUUAUGAGAAAACAUGGCUAGACAAUGCAGAGAAGUUACAUUGUUCCUAUUGAUUACGAUAAGUAGAUCUAUGCGUCGCAGCUGUCAAAAGCUACUGAAAA